UCUGAUGAGAGAAAAAGUGAGACACUGUUCGCUGAAAACUAAUUAAAAAAUUCUUUUGCUCUUUGGUCCUUUUCUUUACUUUUCUAGAAGUCUUUUUGACAAUUAAAGUAAUUGUUGAGAAAUUGCUGUUUGUGAAUUUCUCUUUAGCUGUUUAAGCCACUGCAAAGGCUAUGACAUACGCAUGACGAGACAGAUGGAACACUUGAAUAGACAUCUGUUUAAGUUAGCUGUUUUGAAAACGCAACGCAUAAAGACCUAUACGCACUGUGAUAAAACAAGCAAAACGAAGAUAUAAAAUGGUACGAUGAUAUCUUACGUAAGAGAUUUUUUCAUUUUCCUUCUCCUUUCUGCCAGCUCUAAGCAAAAAUGUCAGAAUAAUAAUACAGAUGAAAACUGUACAUUGGAUAUUCUUCGUUGCACAGGAAAUAUUACAAUACCACAAACAAAUUAUUCCUGUGUUCUGUCUAAUAAAGAUUUUACUGGAUGCAAAGACUUGAAAAUGAAACACACAUAUACAUCUCAAGUACAAAUAUGUGAUAAUGGCGAAAUUGAUGAAGAGAAAGUCCAACGUAUCUGUGGAGAUGUAUUUCGACAAAAAGAAAAAUGUCUUGUUACUGUGAAGGCUUUAGAUUUGUCAAACAAUAAACUUUCAUUACAAAACUGUGAGAUGUUUCAUGGGCUAAUCGAACUGGAAAAUCUCAACUUAGCUGGAAACGGUUUAAAAGAAUUCCAACAGACUGUUUUAAAAGUUUGACCAAUUUGACACACCUAGAUUUGUCAAACAAUGAACUUUCAUUACAAAACUGUGAGAUGUUUAAUGGGCUAAUCGAACUGGAAAAUCUUAACUUGUCACGCAACAACAUCACGGAAAUUCCC